GUGAAAAGGAAUCUAAUGCAAAAUAUUUUGUGUCCUUGUUACCCGAUGUAGGGUCUGCUGCUUGGGUGGGAGAGUUGGACUAGAUGACCUCCAAGGUCCCUUCCAACUCUGAUAAUCUGACACAUUCGGGGUGUCAACUUGGAAAUCGCACCUCCAGCAGGUGAUGGAGCUUCUGGUCUCGCCGUUCUCCUGAAAUCGAGAGGGAAAGGAAAAGUUUCGGGGCGGCACGACGGUAUUGCCCGGAGCUACGGGCACGGCAGGGAAGGAUCGCCCCGCCCCACACACGAAGGUGAGGAAGAACUGCGCGCGGCGACGCAGGUAGCUCGGAGUUAAUCAUUGUCCCGCAGGCAGGAGUUGCUUCGCUUUGCUCUUCUGGCAGCCCCUCCUUGCGGCUCGGAGUCUCCACCUCCUCGGAGCGUUGGGUGACCCGCCUGCUUUUUCCCCCCUUUCCCCUUCCUUUCUUCCCAGCUAACGAUCUUCAGUGGAGAGAGCUUCCUGCCUGGCGGAUCGGUCUAACUUCAGCCCGGGCUUUCGGCGCGCGAUCUGGUGACCUGGUCGCUCUGCCGCAUUUGGGGAAAUCGGAUCUUUACACAAAGCUGCUUCAGCUAGAAGUGGAGGGGAAGGACACACAUUUUGUAAGCUCUGCAAACUGGCCCUGGCUAGAUUUGAAAAUUAAGUGAGAAAACUCCAGGUUCUUGGAUGCCCCAUAUCCUGGCAGAGAUGAGGGAGUCGCAAUCUCUACUGUCCUGAGCAUGAGUGUCUCAGAAUAUUCAAUGAGGCAGUUGCCUGAAACUUUAAUCAAUGCUCCCCAUAUUUUGGAUGACUGGAAGAACAUGGCGCAAACUCCUUCGGAUGCUUCUUCGCUCCUGAAGACUGGAGUGCUGAACAAUGCCAACAACAAUGCCUCCUCAGGGCCCUGGAGAGGCCUGAGGAGCCCUUCCCUUUCUGCUGCUGCCUCUCAUUCCAAACGUAGCUAUCUAGAGCGGGUUCUCUUGGAGAUUGUGGAAUCCGAGCGGAAGUACGUGCAGGAUUUACGAACCAUCAUAGAGAAUUACUUGGGGAACAUCAUAGACACUCAGGAGCUGUUGUUGCGGCCAGAACAAGUCAGCGCACUCUUUGGGAACAUUGAAGACAUCUACGAGCUGAACAGUGAAUUACUGCAAGAACUGGAUAGUUGCCAUAAUGAUCCCGUUGCCGUGGCGCAGUGUUUUGUACACAGGAGCCAAGACUUCAACAUCUAUACUCAAUACUGCAAUAACUAUCCAAACUCUGUGGCAGCUCUGACUGAAUGUAUGAGGAACAAACAACUGGCCAAAUUCUUUCGGGAGAGGCAGGAACAAAUCCGGCACUCCUUGCCCCUUGGCUCCUACCUUCUCAAGCCUGUCCAGCGCAUUCUCAAAUAUCAUCUGCUUUUGCAGGAGAUAGCAAAGCACUUUGACAGAGAAGGAGAUGGCUACGAAGUGGUGGAAGAGGCAAUUGCCACUAUGACUUGUGUAGCUUGGUAUAUCAAUGACAUGAAGCGGAAGCAUGAACAUGCCGUGCGGCUGCAGGAAAUCCAGUCUUUACUUAUCAACUGGAAGGGCCCAGACCUGACAACUUACGGUGAGCUAGUCCUAGAGGGCACAUUCCGGGUACAUCGUGUUAGGAAUGAGAGAACAUUCUUCCUUUUGGACAAGAUCUUGCUGAUAACUAAGAAACGCGGUGAUCACUACAUAUUCAAGAAUCACAUUCCAUGUUCGUCUUUGAUGCUGAUUGAGAGCACACGGGACUCACUUUGCUUCACUGUCACCCACUACAAGCAUAACAAGCAGCAAUAUAACAUUCAGGCCAAAUCAGGGGACGAGAAGCGGGUUUGGACUCACCACCUCAAGCGCCUGAUCUUAGAAAAUCACCAUGCCAUAAUCCCUCAGAAAGCCAAAGAAGCCAUCUUGGAAAUGGACUCGUUCUAUCCUCCUCACUUCAAAUACAGUCCUGAGCAUUUGAAAUCCUUAUCAUGCCAACAGCCUGAAGACAUCCUUAAACGGAAUCGGUCUGGACGUCGACAAUCAGAACCGUUCUGUGGCAAAACCAGUGCUGAGAAGCUCUUAGAUGGACUCCACAACUUCACAGCUGCGGCAGCUCCUAAAAGUCGCAGAAAAUCGGAGCCAACAAAACAGAUCCUCAAGCAACUGAGUGACAAAGUAGGAUUAAAGGGCAAGGGCCACAAGACACAGGAAGGACCCAAACAAGACCACUCUUCUAGCAUUAGAGAGAGGAUUGUGGAGAUUGUGUCAUCUGUGCCAAAGGUUCGAUCGCCUAUUGAGCUUGACAAAGUGUUAGACAUUCCUUCACGUAGGGAAGAAUGUCUACAAGAGAGCCCUCAGCAUCCAGAUCUAGAUCACCAUGGACUCCUGGAUCAAAGUUCAAAUAUCAUGGAGUCUGCUGAAAAUGUGGAAGAACUGAAGCCUUUGAGCAGUGAGGAGGAAGAGGAGGAAGAAGAUGGUCAUGCACCGCAGUCCAGCAGCAUCCUCCCCUUUUCUGUGCUAGAUCAGGCCAGUAUCAUUGCAGAGCGCUUUGCCAGCAGCCUCUCCCGUCGCAAUAGUUUGGUCCUCGAGGAAGAGAAGGGCUACCUCACACCAAAGAUGGCCAGCCGGAGCAGCAGCAUUCUGAGCUUGGAAGGGGGAGAGAAGGCUGUGUGUUACAACAAUGGCUGCACUACUGUGGACUCCCAGAGUUGCAGCAUCCUGCCAGAGCCCUCUGCUGAACCUUGCAACGGUGCUUCUAAUGGUGCAGUGCGGCCUGGUCUGCUUGAGCCUGACAAUUCUUCUUGUCGACGGAAGGAAUCAAUGCUGUCCCACCAGGACCGGCUGCUGCUGGACAAGAUCAAGAGUUACUAUGAUUAUGCUGAACACCAGGAUGCUAACUUCAGUGUCAGACGGAGGGAGAGCCUCUCCUUCAUUCCCAAAGGGCUGGUGAGAAAUUCUGUUUUUCGGAUAAACAGUCUUCCCCAGCCAGAGCCUGGGCAGGAGAUGCUGAAGAGGAAGAGACCUCCCCCCUUGGACAGUAGUGUAGCAGGCAAGGCAGUAUCCUUGAUGCUUUCAAAUAGGCCUGGUGCUACACUCCCGUCUCCCCAUUUGGAGACAACCAGGGAGGAGAAUCCAAUGCCUAUCACUGAAGCAGAGUUCAGGUCGCCUAAUGAGAUGAUUAAACUCUGGGACGAAAUGGAGCAACCAAAGAGCAAGCACUGGAACAAGAAGACAGAAGAUUGUAGGGAGCGCAAAACAAAUGGGAGUCUGGGCCAGACUGAGUCUUAUUUGAAAGACAGGCUCGGAAAUCAGGAGAAUGGCUUUGACUUUCAUGAACCACUUCUUAUACUGGAGGAUGACGAUCUUGGGGACAUAGUAGAGGAGGAGCCAGUGGUGUCCCCUCCUGCGGACAAGGCUCCUGUGGAGCAGACCAUGCCAUCCAGAUUACCCUGGAAAGCAGCAGAAGAGUUAGAGAGCUGUGAUCAAGAUCAGAGUUUCUCUCAGAUGCCCCCUCACAUAAUGCGGCUGGCUCAUCUCACUGAGGCUGAGCUGACAGAGAAGGUGAGGAACAAAGUCUACCAGUUGGCCCGCCAAUACAGCCUCCGGAUUAAGAACCAGAAACCACCCAUGCGCAGGCGACUUGCUGAAGUAGAGGAGGAGAUGCAGAGAAACACGUCAACUGGCCAACAGGGAGUGGUUAAGAGAGACAAAGGCCAAAAGAAGUCUACCUUGUGUCUCCCCAACUAUGAACAAAUUGUGCUUCAGGAGGCUGGCUCACUGGGCCUUCUUUCCACUUCCUCAACAUGUCAGAAGUCACCUAAGCGCUUCUCUUCCAGUAACAGCUCUGUCAGCCUAUCUUCCCCCACCAGCUCCUGCACCUUCUCUCACAGUCCCCUCAGCCCCAUCAUGACCGAGAAAUUCGACUGGCCCGACGUGCGGGAGCUGAGGUCCAGGUAUUCCUGUCAGGUGACGAUUGAGAAAUGCAGACCCCCGCUAGUCAACAGAAGUUGCUCAGCACCUGAGAAAAUGGUAGAUGAUGCUAAGAUGCAGGCAGGAUUCCAGUGCUCAAAGGGGAUUGCAAAAACAGACGUAAGAAGCCAGCAAUGGGACAAACAGAGCUGCAGGAGAAAGUCCUCUCUUGAUUCCAUCCCCAAGGAACUUGUUUGCGAUACUCCAAAGGAAUUGUGUGUCACAGCAAAGGCAUCACUGGAGAACAACCGGCACGUGAUUGUGAUAGAGAAGUUGCCCGAAGGGACUAAUAAAGCUAAAGCCGAUGAAAGAGAGCCACAGAUUCUCUCCUCUUCAGACCAAGAGAAGCUUUCUCUCAAAGAGUUGGUGGAGCGGUACAAGUCGUAUCAAGACUCAGAAGAACAUCAAAGACAUGAGGGUGAUGUUCAGGAAGCAUGGUGGGAGAAAACCGGCAGUCAAAACAACCUGGUAAAAAACUUGAGAGAGAAAUUUCAGACCCUUAAUUCUACCAGCUGAACACCCACAUCUCUUGUUCCUGUGCCAUUGAGUUCUCAAAUCUCCAUCUCUUCUUGGAUUACUACUCAGAACCUUCUUUGCCUGUUCCACCUCAUGCUUGAAAUUUCUGGGAAGUUGCAACUGCCUCAAACUGAGGAUUUUUUUUUUUAAAGAUGCUCUCUUUAAAGGUCUGUGAACUUGAACAUGGAUCUGACAUGCCACUGACACUGCACCAGGCAGCAUUAUUGGGCAGAACUCUUAAUACAUUCAGAAAAAUCAGGGAGCUUCCAGUCAAAGCAGAAACAAUACAGAUCAAUUAUCAUACAGAACAUGUUCCUCCCUUCAGGAGUUGGUGUAUUUGGAAAUUUUUGCUUUACGAAGCCAGAGCAAGAUGUACAUUGCUCCAUCUCCUAGGAAAAUAAGUUAUUAUUCUUUUUUUUUUAAGAAUGUAAUGUUACUAUGGCUUUGGUUAAUUCCAGGACUCUCAGCUUAGGAGCACCCGACCUAUUACUGUUAAUGUACAUAUUUGAAUCUAUAUGCAUUGUGCAAUAACCACUUUUGACCUGCGAAUACAGCUUUGACCUCUUCACUGUUGGGGGAGGGAUAUAAUUGGGGAAAUUGCAAUAACUGAUUUUUGUACCACAUUUCCUAUGCACAAAAAAAUGCUACAAAGCUGAUUGGCAACUCUUGAAGUCACUGAUCUCUCUCCAAAAUGAGCAGUACCAAGGACUGACACUGGUCUAUUAAUCCAUUGGGGUUCUAAGCCAUUUCAAGUCGCAUUACUUCAUUCUAGCCCAUCUUCUUAGUAUAAUUUGUCUUGCAUUAAAAUACCUUUUGAGCAAAGAAAUCCUAUGGAGUAAAAAGUUUUCUUCCUAUUCCAACAUGGAGGAAAUAAACUAUUCCAGGUCAGAGAUAUUUUCUUUCUAUUUCCAAGGCAGGUUGACAGUUUACAUCUUACGGAUCCAUAGCCUCUGUCAGAACACCAACUUUCUGUCUCUGUCAUUGGAGCAUUGUCGUUUGAGAUCCAGUGGUUGUGAAUCUCUUGCAACCUGAUGGUAGAAACAAGAUCUCUCUCUUUCUUGAAGCACAGAGUUCUCUGCCCUUCCAAAUCUAACCAGUCUGGUAGCUUUGGAGUGCUCUUCCCAGUAUGAGAAGAAUCUAAAGUGCAGUUAUAUUACUUCGGCGAAGCAUAAAUGCCUCCUGAGAAGUAGUUGCAUGUGGAAUUGAUGCCAACUGUGAAGCACUGUAGCCUGAGUUGAUGAAACCACCAAAGCUUCUGAAGGGGAUAACAUGAUCCUGAGUGUUGUGUUGGUGGAUUUUAUAUCACCUGUAGAAAACACCCAAUGAAUCUUUGCACCGGAAGCAUUUCUUCAUCACAGAAAGCACUAAGACAUUAAUGUGUAUCAUAAAACACCACCACUUAGUAAGGUAUGUUAGCACCCUUUCCUUUGUAUUGAGAUAAUGGAUCAUUUAAGCAUACUGGUCUCAUCGUGGGAAUUUACGAAGAUAAAUUACACACAUACACGCACACAAAAAAACCCCAAAAAUCACAGAGCCAGGAAAAGCUUAUUGGUUCAUUUAUUAGAAAAAAAAAGUUAAAUUGCUUCUGAAGCACAUUCUGAAGCUUUAGCUCUUUUCUCUGGACAGUGGAAGCACAUUGGAAGCAGGCAGAACGUGAUGCCUAGCUGUGAAAAGAGGAUUAACUCCAGCCCCCAGAUCUUGUAGGAGAGGCCUUUGGCUACUUCAGCUAUUGGCACUCUGAAGUAUAUGUAUUUUGGGCCUGGUCACAUGACAUUCCCUUCUCACAUGUGCUGACUUGCAUAAGUGGGAU